AUGGCCGGGCAGAUGAUGCCGCAACAAAUGGGACAAAUGCAGAUGGGACAACUACCCCCGCAGAUGCAACAAAUGCAGCAAAUGGGUCAAUUGGCAGGCCAGAUGCCGGGACAGAUGCCGGGACAGAUGAUGCAAGGUCAAAUGGCCGGUCAGAUGCACGGACAAAUGGGAGGCCAGAUGCCAAACAUGAUGUUUCCGCAACAGAUGGGCCAAGCUCGGAACGCCAUGGAACAGCAGAAGCUGAUCUACCAGAUGCAAAUGCAGCAGCAGCGCAACAAUAUGCAAAUGCAGCAGAUGAACGCCCAAAAUAUGAUGCAACCACAGCAAGGCUCCAACCAAGCGCAGAACCAUGCUCAGGCCCAGACUCCGUCACAAGCGCAAGCUCAAGCGCAGGCUCAAGCGCAGGCUCGGAACAUGAUGGCAGCUAGGCAGGGCGGCCCCAACGGCCAGAUGCCGCCUGGCGGCAUGAGGCCGCAGCAGGGAGGCCCCCAGCAGGCCAUGGCGCGGCUUCCUCCCCCAGAACAGUUUAUGAAACAUCUGAUGGCAAUCGUGUACAACAAGUUGGGAGGUUAUCGAAACGCAACGCAAUCAAACGGCUGGGUACAAGUUUCCCAAAUCAUGGGCUUCCAACCUCAUCAAUUGCCUUCAGCAACGCCACAGAUCAAAGGCGUCUACGAGCGGAACUUGCUCAAGUUUGAGGAGCUGUGGUCGACGCAACAGAAGAUGCGCAUGCAACAGCCCGGGGGGGUAGCCAAUGCCCAGGGAAUGCAACAGGGAACACCAACGAAACAAAUGCAGCAACAGCCACCUCACAUGAUGCAACCCGGUCAGCAAGCGCAAUUGCAAGGUCAGAUGCAGUCCCCCGUCAAGCCCCCCGGGCAGCAGCAACAACCACAAACACCACAACAACUGCAACUGCAACAACAAGGCAUCAAUGGUUUUCCUGGUGGGCAACCGCCCCACGGCCAGCAGCCGGUGCUAUCCAGUCAAGCCCACACUCGUAACAGCCUGUCAAGGAGUGUGCAAGCCACGCCGACGGCCGAUGAGUUUCCCCUGCCGUCCCCUGCCCAAAGCAAAACGGGACCCGUAUCGCUCCCUGGCUCUGCCCACCCGGAGAAUGUUGGAGCGGCAGACGACGCUGGGAGCUCGUUGAAAUUUCCAGCGCCGUUCUCAACAAACCCAGAUGACCCGACCCAGCCCAUACCUAUCCCGCAGAUCGAUCUCAGGCAGUGUGAUGAGUUGGUCGACGCUCUGAUUGAAUGCGCCGAGGAUCAGAUCGACCUCUUGGCGGAGAACUCAGAGGAAGCGUCAAACGAGAUUACGAUCUCGUCGUACGAGGAGGUCGUGCGCGCCUGUCGUGCCGAGCGGUACGCCAUGCGUACCGUGAAUGGUUUCGGGUCCGAAGCCUACGAUCUCGACCGAGCGGCCGAUCGCCUCAUCUGCAUUACGACGAUCCUCCGCAACUUUUCCUGGCGCGAAGAGAACCACGCAUCCCUUGCCGACGAGACGCUCUUCUUCCCCGCUUACGAACCAUCUCAACAUCCAUAUCUUCCCCAUGCGGUCGACGCUCUUGCCAAGCUUCUUGCUCGGGAUGAGCCCAACAGAACAUAUUACCGCAACAUCUUUGCUGCUGAGGCUGCCGUGGCGACCUCACCACCUUGUGAACUCCUCACACGCACCUUCUGCCUGGCAAUAUCACCAAUCCCUGAUUAUUCACGCGAGCCUCGCCCCGUACACAUCCCCCGCCUAGUCGAGGCACGCAAGCCGUUGCUGAUGCAGGGUCUCCUUUCCGCUGACAUCACGGCCGGACUGGCCCCUGGCUUCGAGAGUGGCGUCACGCGCGCCUGGCUCGCGUCCGGUACUGGGUUCGCCCAGAACCUCUACCUUCUCUCCCGCUACCUAAGCGGCCAAUACGAGACCACAGCUGUCCGACCGGGCGGCGGCCCAGCAAGAGGACAGCCGAAACGGGAUCCAGACCUAGUCUACAUCAUCGGUUUGUCCGUGAGCGUCCUCAAGCGGCUUGCCGAGAAGGCGCUAGAUCCCAGCGACCCUACCGGAGAAAGCGGUAUUCCACCCGAGGUACUUCCCGCCAAGGAGAGCGUCCUCGACGCCCUGCAGAUGCAGGCGCAAGAGUGGGCAAAGGAAGGGGUACUAGCAGAUCUGGUCGAGUACACUAGCAUGGCGGAUAAGACCCUGCGUCGACGGUCAUGA